AUGGUCUCAACCAGUGCUCAUGCUCCUACUCAUGGAGCUCAAUUCAAACACCGCAUUUUGCCUGACAAGGCUACUGAUUUGUUGUAUAGCAGCUGGAAAACACUAAUACCCUUCCUUAUUGAACCUCAUCUCAAAUAUUUGGCACGAACGCUAGUGACAGCACUGGAGAUCACCCCCAGGGUUAUCUCUGCAUGUGCAACACUUUUGUGCCCUCAAAAGCGAACACCAAUCACGUGUUUAUUCUUUGACAUCCUCCUUCACCAUGGUCUAUUUCCAACCGCUCCCUCACAACCUCAUAUGGCUGUCUCAAUCAAACUUCUAUCAUUUUAUCGGGCACUUUUUGAACGGUCCUGUGAUGCCAUCAAUGCCUUAGUGUCGGCUCUAAAAAUGCACUAUUCUCGCAGAGGUUUUGUCAUGACAGACACCCGAGGGGAAAUUAUUCAGGAUCCUUUUCGUCGAGGCCUGGGCUAUGCCAUACAAUGGUACAACAUUCUUCAAGUCCAAAUUGAACGUCAAGUCGAAGAAGCCCUGCAGAAUAGCCAUGACCGGGUGGCUACCCUUUGUCCUCAAACAGAGGAUCAUGUCUCAACCUCAUCACCUUUGUCUACCCUACAUAGAGGCCGCUGCGCAUCCAUACUCAUUCAACGGUGUCCUGCAUGUUUUGGAGGGACGAUGUUUGGGAAACCUACUGCUGAUGGAGGAGAUAUUCACACUGCCACAGAUGGCAACUUCUACCACCACCAUUGGCGUGUGGCAGGGGAUUGCUCCCACUUUCAUGACCCCACUUAUUUCCUUCCAAAACAAUUCGUUGAUGAUGUCGGCCGCCGCAUAGAGGCUCAACAUAAGAGGCCUGCCAAGUCGGCUGUACCCCUCGUUCCUGAUGAGGCUAUUGACCAAUGUGAAACUGCAUAUGAAGCAGCCGAUGGGAAAAAACAGAAGGCGGCAAUGGAUAGCUUUGAUGAUACUGGCAUCAUGGCACUCAUAUUUGUAGCUUUGUAUGAUGUCAGGUGUGUUCUUGCCCGAUCCCUUAGCAAGUAUGACAUUCUCCCUGGCAGUAUUGUCUCACGUUUGCACUUUGCAACCACUGCCAUGCAUGCCUAUGGGCAUGAGUGGGCAUGCCAGCUAGUGUACAAUCCAUGCAUGUGCAUUGGGCUGGGUCUUUCAGAUGGAGAAGGAACCGAGAGGCUCUGGUCUCGCUUGGUGCACCUAAUUGGUGUUGAGAGAUCGCCAUUGUGUCAGCGCCGUCUCUGGCUGAUCGACCAUCAGGCAGCAGCUAUAGGAUCUGAAAUGCAAAGUGACUUAGGUGAUUGGAUUCGACGACGCCUCAAGCGUGGUGUUCAUGACCAGGGAACUGCUGCCCAAGAGGUGCUUGAUCAAUGCGAACUUUCUCUCUCAGUCUGCACAUAUGCCCCUGCUUGCCUUAAAAAGGAGUUAGACACUGUAUUGACCCUACAGGCCGACCUUGAUACCUCCAAUACAGCACUACAAUCCACCAGGCUAAUGCUCAAGAAAGGAACUGCCUCUCAAGACACUCUGGAGGCUCUGGAGGCUCUUGAGAGAGGUCACGAUCGUCUUAUGGCCAAAGUUGAAGUUUUAUAUGUAUCCCUCAAUAUUCAUGAUCAAUUCCCUGAACUAGAAGGCAUCAAUUUGGACUUCAUUUGGCUUCUUCUAAUGGCGCAUGACUUGAAAAUGAACAUCCGCAAAAGGGCAAUCACAAGCUUUUUUGAGUGGGAUAAGCUAGACCAUGCAGUUGGCGGUGCUCAGCAGGUGUUAGGCACAAAACUACAUCAACAAACCCGCAAAGCUAUUGCGAAGUGCCAACCCGCUCUGCUGACAGCACUCAGGAAGUUUAAUGCUUACUGUGAGCGCUUAGAAGUGUUAUAUGACCCUUCUUGGGGGAUUCCUUUACCUAAUCCUCUCCCGACCAAGCUUGCAGAGCUGCGUAGUGAUCCCAGUCUAAUGGAAGACAUGUGGAUUAUGCCAUUGACAGGACAAGUUCCUUGGUGGUUAGAAGAUGCUGAUCACUGCCGAGAAGAACAGAAGCAACUCGGUAUCGAGGCCGACAAUCUAUGUCAUUUCUUUGGGGAAGAACUUGCUGCACUCAAGCUUGCACUUCGCACACCAGGAUCUAGGCAGCACCACAAUCAAUUACCCAGACUUCAAACCCACUGGGCAAACCCAUUAGCCUCUUCGCUUCGCUUCAUAUCCCAUGCCAAGGAUGCACUGGAGAUUGCCAUCACCCUUUCAGGUGGUGUCCAAUCACCAAACGUGCACUGGUUCAGCACUACGUUACUGGAAGUACCUGAUCCUGAGGGAGAACUCAAUGAUGUCAAGUUUGCUGAGCCUCUUGACCUGCCAGUAGUUGAAUUUGAACAUGCCACUCUCGCUGAUGUUAUAGAGGAUGAUUUGGGUCGAGAGGAGCUGAAGGACAUCACCUUGCUUACCUCACCCACAGCACUCCUUAAUGAUACUUGUAUCAAUGGGUGCACCAUUUUGCUAUUUUCUGAACUGAAAAGUGUUGCUACUAGUCAUUGCACUUUGUUAACAACCCACAACCUCCCUCGCAUUCAAUAUAAUGCAUCAGACAACAUUCUCUGGUGUAAUAAAGAUGUCUGGAUUCUUCCUAUCCAUCGUCCCUCCAAUAUUGGUCAUUGGGUGCUGUGCAUUAUUCGCUUCUCCAGCAAAGAAUUACACCUCUUUGAUAGUCUGGCUGAGAAAAAAACUUGGAAAACCGAUGUUAAGACCAAUGGUUAUGACUGUGGAGUAUGGGUAUUGGCAGCAAUUGCUGCUGUCUUAUGA